AUGGCGCCCGUUUUUCUCCACAAGCCAAGUAUCCUACUUGAGUGGAGUAAGGGCGAUCUCGAUAUCAAUCUGCUGAAAUGUAUCGUGGCAUUCGGCAUGUUCAUGAAGGACUCUCGGCCAGAUGGGCGCGUAACGGCUCGGGCUAUGAUGCAGGAGGUGCAAGAUGACACGCUAAGGAAAAUAGGAAGGCAGACACUCGCACACCUGAGGGUUCUAGUGAUGCUGUUGCGAUUUCGUUUCCAAGCUGGCCAGUUCCCUGAUGCCUGGAGUCUCCUCGCCCUAGCCGCCCGCUCGGCUUUCACAAUGCGAUUGAACUAUGAGCAUAGCAAUCCCGAUCCUCUUGUCCAAGAAUCCAAUAGGCGGCUUGUGUGGGCAAUAUAUCAGCUAGACCGGUUAUACUCUGGUGGAAUGGAGGACUUAGCCGUCAUCCCUGUGGAGAGAAUGCAUAUACGCUUACCGUGCGAUGAGCGUAGCUUCGAGAUGGGAAUGGGGUCGAAGGCUGGUUUCCUCGACGAGACCAGCAUGGACCCUAGUGCGAAUGUAGACGCACAUUCCUUCAAACUCAGGCUUCUCGCGAUCCGUGACAGAAUCUUGAGGUAUACAAAAAGCGUCCGAAGAAAAGGUGAUAGUCCAGCCGGUAGUCGGUCCGCAAUGGAGGCUCUCCAGGCUGAACUAAACACAUUUGAACGGACCCUUCCAGCCGAGCUCAAACUCACUUCACAGAGAUUAGUGUUCAUGGGUCACUCUCGUGAGGCUGGUCCGUACGUGGGACUUCAUACGCUGUGGAUGAUGUGUCACUGCGACCUCUACCGCUUUUGUGUUCCUGGGAUUCGAGAGUCGGUAUCCAAGGAUGCGCUGGCUCUGACACCACCAAAUUUCAUUGAAUACUGCCAGCACGCAUGCUUCAGCACAGCAAUCCGACUUUGUGGACUGUGGUCUGAUUUAUAUCACCUCGAGUCCAGCGAGUACUUUGGCGACGAGCUUCUGGCAGUCUCGAUUUAUCAAGUCGCCCAGAUCCUGCAUCAUCUUCCUCAUUUAAUCCCAGAAGAUGGCGAGGAUAGCGUGUUGUCUCUGAAGAAAAGGCUCAUCGAAGCACUGCAGCUGGCUGUGCCGUUGGGACGGGUAUACACCAGUGCAAUGAACUGUCUAAAAGACUCUGAACGCCUGAUAGAUGCACUGGGACGUGCAUCUGUCACUCAAUCCUCUCCAGACUCCAGCGUAUCGGCAGCCAUUGAAACCGCCGAGCGAGAGCACCUCGCUUCGAAGCACUCUGUGUUACCACAUUUGUACAGGGAUCAAAAUAUUGUUGACCGAGGCACGGGACAUCCAGAAGCAAAAGGCCAACGGUCGAAUAUGCUUCCGCCCAACAACGGAAGGAUCACAUCGUCGAAUACUAACGCAACUUUACCGGUAAGCCAGUCAGACCAUGAAAGGAGGGAAUAUCAGGAAAUGGAACCUGGAUUCUCGGACAUGUUCCUCUUCGACCCGUUCAAUAUGCAGUUGAACGGUUAUUACGAUCCGGAGCUUGAUUUCUCGUUUAUGUAG